AUGUCUUCUCCACGUACGCGUGCCGCAUGUUCGUUGCAGGAGACUGGCCUGCGAUUGCCCGCCGUGCGCCGCAUCAACCUGGGUGGUGAGCCUGUCAGUGUCAGGCGUGGGCAGAGCACAGAACCGCAGAAGUGUGCAACCCCUGCUGUCUUCUCUCAGUGCGACAGGCUUCUCCAUCAAGCCCUGCAGAGCUUCACCAACGCACGGGUUCUUGUGACGUAUGGCCCAACGGAAGCUGCCGUCGACUGCACGACGUGGUACGCAGAGAAGGACAGUCUCGGGAAAGUUCCGAGUGCCGUUCUUGGCUGGCCAGAUGCUUUCCGGGCCAUCGAUGUUUGCGAUCCACGCGACCCAUGUGGCGGGGCAGUCCCGUUGGGUUGUACCGGUGAGCUCCGAAUCUUUGGCCCUGGGCUCGCCAAAGGAUAUGUGGCUCGCGCAGAAGAGACCGGCAAAGCCUUCGUGAGCUGUCAGCGUGCUGCAGGUGCCCAGUACCGGACAGGAGAUGCGGUGCGAUGGGGCCGAAUCUGCGGUCUCGAGUUUCUGGGGCGACUGGAUGCUCAGGUCAAGGUCCGUGGCCACCGCGUGGAGUUGGAGGAGAUCGAGUCGGUGCUGAGGAGGUGCCCGGGUGUUGCGGAGGCCGCCGUGGUCUCUGCCGUGGUCUCUACCGAAGUCUCCUCCACGGCCGAUGAGGCCAUGCUCGUGGCUUUCGUCAGCCCUCAGAAGGGGGCUCCAGCUCCUUCCGAGCUUCCGCAGACCUUUGCAGCCAAGUCGCUGCCCGAUCACAUGGUCCCUCGCCACGUCUUCUCGCGAGGUGGAGUGAGCCGGUUAGCUACACCAGGCAUGAGUGAAGUUAGCGACUGGCCUCGCAGCCCCACGGGAAAGCUGGACCGUCCGCGCCUGGCGCGCGAGGCCCAGGACCUCCUCGCCCUGGAGGUGCAGAAUGGGCUGGAGGAUGAUCUGAACCUGCCUCCAGAUCUUCGCACAGCUGGCGCGGAGUGCUUCCUACAUCUGCUUCGCAAGACCCUUCGACUUCAGCAGAUUGAGCUUUCAAAGCCAUUUACGCGGCUGGGCGGCGACUCCAUUUCGGCCAUCCGAAUCUCAGCAGGGCUACGCGAGCAUGGCUAUGAUUUGUCACCUGCAAGGCUGCUGACUGCUCCCUCUGCUGCAGCCUUAGCGAGGAGCAUUGAGGCAUCCCAGUCCACUUGUGACCGCGGUGGCACAUCCGCAAAGAUCGAAGGGGAAGUGCCAUUGAGCUUGAUGCAGACUCGCUUCUUUGGCUUGGGUCUUCGAAAUCCGCAUCACUACAACCAGUCCCUGAUGCUCAUGCCGUGCUCCGAAGCAAAGCAUCUUGAUGCAGAGAGCCUCCGGCGAUGCUUAGUGCGUCUUGCAGAACACCACGACCUGCUGCGCGCCAGUUUCCAGCUGACCGACCAUUCGCGGACUUCACAGAACAUUCGGCCGCAAGCGCAGGCUGCGAAAGCUGUCUCAGCAAUAGCGCAGACGGCCAGGCCAGAGGAGUUGGGAGACAUUUGCGAUCGCUUGCAGCAGUCUCUGGAGCUGAACGAGGGCCCGAUCAUGGCCGGAGCUGUUGUGCACAUGAGCCAGAGCAGGGACGCGAAGUCCGAGCAAGACUGGGAAGCGAGAAUUCUUCUUGUCAUCCACCACUUGGUUGUGGACCUGGUUUCAUGGCAGGUUAUUGUGGCGGACAUGGAGCAGCUGCUGCUACACGAGCUGGGUCUCGUCCCAGAGUCGCAGCUGUCUGUGGUGACCCGGUCCUUCCAUGAGUAUGCUAGCCAGUCGGUGUCAAGCAAUCCGCAGGCUUCACGAAAGCCGGCGGUGGACUGGGCUGCGGCUUUGGCAAAGGACGCUGACCUCGCUGGGAACUCCUGGGCCACAGCCAAGCGAGAGGUACGCAGCCUGGAUUGCGUGGACACGGCACUGCUCCUCUCUUGUGGGGAGAUUCGGCCCUUCGAAGUGCUGCUGGCUGCCUUGGCCAAGGCCUUCGGGUCGCUGGCGCGUGCCAUUGGUGCCCAAGUGCAAGGGCUUUGGGUGGAGGUGGAGGGCCAUGGCCGUGGUUCGGAGCAUGGAGAUUUCGCCAACACGGUCGGCUGGUUUACCGAGUUGCUGCCGGUCUGUCUGGAGGUCGUUCACAUGCGCUGGUGUGCACUGAUGCAUGUACCCUGCGUCCUGCGUCCGUUACCCGGGCGUCACCUGUGGCCUGUCGCGCAGGUGUCCGAGUCGAUUCCAGACACUCUUCUCGAGAGCAUGGAGCGGUGCAGAAGCACGUCGGCAAGUCGCAAGCAGGACGUGCAGCCGACAAUUUGCUUCAACUACUACGGUCAGGCAAGCCAUGCUGGCACCGACUUGCAGAUCUUCAGUCUGGCUCCAGAGUGGAGGACGUUGGCCCUGAAAGAUAUGGCGGAAGAGAACCAGCGCGAGUAUCUUCUGGAAAUCGAGGCGUCGGGUGUGAUGGUUGAGUCGGUUUGA